AGCGCACGUCGUGCUGUGGUGGUGACAGCGCAUCGAACCCGCCCCAACACGGUCUAUCCUGAAUCGGGACAGGCGGGGGUACUGGCCUGUUAGCAGCGGGCGCUGGGACUGGGUGGGGCGCGAGGCCGUCACCGUUUCCCCCUCGUGCGCAGGCGCGCCCCGUGCCCCCUCCUCCCCUGCCUUGUGUGUGUGGCGUGCCCGGAGCCUGAGAGCGUGGCUGCUCUCGCGGUGUCUUGAGAAUUUUAGAGAGCUGGGUGUCUGGCUGUCGGGAGGGUCCAGGGUCCCCAUCAUCACCAGCAGCAGCACCACCACCACCACUGUCAGCAGCACAGCCACCCAGCAGUCACGUGACCGGCGGCGAGAGAUCGCGCACAGAGCACGAGCCGCAGAGCUACCCCGGGAGGCAGCAGCAGCAGCAUGGAUAACUUAAGUGACACUUUGGAGAAAUUGAAGAUAACUGGAUCUGACUGCGCAUCUGACAAGCUAGAUGGGUGUUUGGAUUGUUUGCUUCAAGCACUUGGGCAAAACAAUAUAGAGAGCAGUGAAAAAAUCAAACAGAGUGGGAUCCUUCAAGUCUUUGCAAGUCUUUUGAAUUCACAAUCUUCCUGCUGCACAGCAAAAAUAGCUCACAUCAUAGCAGAAAUAGCAAAAAAUGAACAAAUGCGCAUUCCAUGUGUGGACGCGGGUCUGAUUCCACCUCUGGUGCAGCUCCUAAAUUGUAAAGAUCAGGAGGUGUUGCUACAGACGGGACGUGCCCUUGGGAACAUUUGCUAUGAUAGUCAUGAGGGCAGGCGUGCAGUUGACCAAGCGGGUGGUGCACAAAUUGUAGUUGACCAUUUACGGUCAAUAUGCACUUUAACAGAUCCAGCAAAUGAGAAGCUCAUGACUGUCUUUUGUGGCAUGCUGAUGAACUAUAGCAAUGAGAAUGAUUCUCUGCAAGCUCAGCUCAUAAAUAUUGGAGUUAUUCCUACAUUAGUGAAGCUCCUAGGCGUUCAUUCUCAGAACACUGCGCUGACAGAGAUGUGCCUUGUUGCAUUUGGAAAUUUAGCAGAGCUUGAAUCCAGUAAAGAGCAGUUUGCUUCUACAAAUGUUGCAGAUGAACUUGUAAAACUUUUUAAAAAGCAAACAGAACAUGAAAAGAGAGAGAUGAUUUUUGAAGUUCUGGCUCCUUUGGCUGAAAAUGAUGCUAUUAAACUUCAGUUAGUGGAGGCUGGAUUGGUGGAAUGCUUACUUGACAUAGUCCAUUUAACUGUGAACAGCGAAAAGGAUGAUGACAUUGCAGAGCUGAAAACUGCCUCUGAUCUUAUGGUGCUUCUACUUUUAGGAGAUGAGUCCAUGCAGAAGCUGUUUGAGGGUGGAAAAGGCAGUGUAUUUCAGAGGGUUCUGUCCUGGCUUCCUUCUCACAACCACCAGCUACAACUAGCGGGUGCCCUGGCAAUUGCCAACUUUGCUAGAAAUGAUGGAAACUGCAUUCAUAUGGUGGACAAUGGGAUUGUUCAGAAGCUUAUAGACCUUCUAGACAGACAUGUGGAAGAUGGCAAUGUAACUGUGCAGCAUGCAGCUCUUAGUGCCCUGAGGAACCUGGCAAUCCCUGUUGUAAAUAAAGCAAAGAUGCUGUCAGCUGGAGUAGCAGAAGAAGUGCUAAAGUUUCUGAAGUCUGAAAUGCCUCCAGUGCAGUUUAAACUAUUAGGAACGCUACGGAUGUUAAUAGAUGCUCAAGCUGAAGCCGCUGAGCAGUUGGGGAAAAAUGUGAAACUAGUGGAGCGCCUUGUAGAAUGGUGUGAAGCCAAAGACCACGCUGGAGUUAUGGGUGAAUCAAACAGGCUGCUCUCAGCUCUCAUACGUCACAGCAAGUCAAAGGAUGUAAUUAGAACCAUUGUCGAAAGUGGUGGCAUCAAGCACUUAGUCACCAUGGCAACCAGCGAACAUGUCAUAAUGCAAAAUGAAGCACUUGUUGCCCUGGGAUUAAUAGCAGCAUUAGGAUUACAAACUGCAGAAUGUGAUCUAGAAAGUGCCAAGUUAGUCCAAGUUCUGCAUAGACUGUUAUCCGAUGAGAAAAGUGCUCCAGAGAUAAAAUACAAUUCUAUGGUGUUGAUCUGCUCUGUUAUGGGUUCAGAGCCUCUAUUCAAGGAAGUUCAAAGCCUGGCAUUCAUUGGCGUUGUAUCUAAAUUACGGAGCCAUGAGAACAAAACUGUUGCCCAGCAGGCCUCGCUAACAGAGCAGAAACUGACUGUACAAAGCUGAGAUUUGUUUGCACAAAUUGUCCAUCCUGCUGAUUCCAUUAUUGUCUCCUGUGCUCUGCUCUGCCCUGGCCUUGUCCCCCACCAACUGUAUGUGCAUGUGUGUUAUGUUGCCACAGAAACCAAUGAACUGCUGUAGGUACCUGUACAAUCGUAGGCACAGAGAGAUGAAAACGAAGCCAGCGUAUCCUCCAUUACUGUCUCCCUCGUAUCCUUGUUGCUUACCUCCAAGGGAAAUAUGUGCAUGUCGUAGUCCUCUAAUGUAAAGGUGAUACUCGAGGCCCCCUAUAACAACCCUGAACUGUGUAAUAGAGUAUUGCUAGAGUAUGGACAAACAGGAAAGAGCCAGUUCUUUUGGAAUUUCAUUAUCUUUCAUAGUCACAACAGCUCCAUUUUUGGUGCUGUGUAUGCAGACUAGGAAGGGAUGUAUUGCCACUCAUUCAUUCACUAGUCUUGCCUGUUGCUGUCAAACAUGUGGUACAAUGCCCAAAUCCAACUAAUAAAACUACCAGUGCCCUCUUA